CGAGAAGACCCCCAAAGGUGGGGGCAGUCGGCCCGCUGUGCGCUUCCCACUUUUCGCCGGCCUUCGUUUCUUCGCCCCCGCCGGUGGUCGCCCCCCAAUGAUGCAACGCCCGAGGCGCGCCUCGCUUCAUGAUGCUCCAACCGGCCUUCGCCCUCACCACCAGGAAGACUUUCGAGCACCAAGAAAGCACCCCAACUCGAGGGUGUUCACGUGUCGGGCCCCGGGUGCCGCGCAGGAUCGCCAGGCUCCCAGGGGCCCUCCACGGGGGACCCGGGGGACUUUCCACCGCAAAAAAAAAAAACACACGGCUCGGGCAGGGGCGCCCGUCCGGGGGGCAGGCCCCGGGGCCCAGGACCCGGUGCCCGCGGCGAGGGUCUCCCGCCCGCCGCGGGCGCCGCGUGCGCAGCCCCCAUGGCCGGCAAGAGCGGGAAGGCCGGGGCGGCCGAGGCGGCGGCGGCGAGGCGGGGCGGCGGCCGAGGCGGCGGCGGCGACGACGAGGCGGCGGGGGAGGAAGGGGAAGAAGGGGGAGCUCAAGUACUACCUGGCGGCGGGCGGGUGCGUCACGGUGCUGGUCCUGGCGGUCUACCUGGCCCUCGCGGGCGAGGGUGCCGGCGGGCCGCGGGCCUCGGCCUCGAGGGGCUCCGCGAAGGUGAACGACGCCUACUUCGUGGAGCGGGUGUCUUCGGACGCGGCGGCCAACUUCACCGCGAAGGCCAGCCCGUUCUUCGACCGCUGGUCGUAUGCGGAUCUGAGCUACGGUAUGGACGGUGUGGACGUGGUUGGCGCCGCCAUGAUCGGGAUGGCUGGCGCACUGCAGACCUGCGCCGACAAGUCGGACACGGAGGGCGGCGCCAUCCCCGCCAGCUACGACUUCCGGCAGGCGCAGCCCUCUUGCGCUCACGACUCCGUGUACGACCAGGGCAACUGCUCCUCCAGCUACGCCAUCGCGGCUGCCACGAGCCUGUCGUACCGGUUCUGCGCGUCGGACCCGGUCCAGUACAAGGCGCUGCGCCUGUCGCCUCAGCAGGUCGUCUCGUGCGACAAGAAGAGCAGGGGCUGCCAGGGCGGUGGCGCUGACCGGGUCUGGGCCUACAUCGCCCGCAGAGGCCUCUACCCCGAGAGUUGCGUGCCCUUCGCGGGCGCGAAGGAGGCUGCGUGCAAGUCUGACUGUAAGGAGGACCAGAAGCUGAAGUCCCUCGGGCACUGCGCGAUGGGCGGCGAGAAGAACAUCCGGCGGGAGGUCUUCAACUGGGGCCCGGUCGUGGCCUUGGUGUACGUGAAGGACGACUUCCUGGUCUACUCCAGCGGGGUCUACUCGCCGACGGACGCGUCCAUCCAGCAGUACGGCGCCGACGGGCAGCCUCUACAGCAGGCGGUGACGGUGAUCGGCUGGGGCAAGUCCGAGGGGAAGAAGUACUGGCUCGUGGCCAACUCCUGGGGCAAGGGGUGGGGCGAGGAUGGCUACGCGCGCAUCGCGGUGGACACGGUGCUGCGGGAGGGCCUCACGCUGGUGGGCACGCCGGCCACGGCAGAUGCCAUCGAGGCGCAGGCCAGGCAGAAGGAGGAGCAGGCUAGGAAGGCCGAGGAGGCCAAGAAGGAGCGCGCGGCAAGGGAAGAGCGCAUAAAGGAGCAGCGCGCCAAGCGCGAGGCGGAGCGCCGCAGCAUGCAGCGGCAGAUCGAGCACAUGGAGCGCCGGCUCCAGGAGCAGAUCCACGCACCCGCCGUCGGGCGCGAGCGGUGGGCGGACCUGCAGGGCAGCAUGGGCGGGCUGCUCGAGGAGAUGUCCGCCCUGGCGCGGCGCGUCGAGGGCCUGGACGAGAAGGUGCGGCUGCGAUCCGGCGCCUGCGAGGAGCUGGUCAGGCAGAAGACGCGCGACCUGGAGCAGCUGCUCCACGCCCAGCAGCAGAAGCUGGCCAUGUCCGCGGCCACCUCGGAGGAGAUGUCGAAGCGGCUCACCGCCAACGUCCGGAAGCUCGCAAGCGCGGUGGACGCGCAGGGCAGGCGGCUCGGCUCCGUGGAGGAGAGAGCGUCCGCGGCCCCGACGGCGGCGCGAUGCCGCACGCCGACGACAGCGACGCCGGCCCGCCUGAGCAGGAUGGAGAGCCUGCAGGCCAACUUGGAGGAUCCGACGAGUUGCAGACUCUCGCAAUCGUUGCCGCGAAGGAUGGUGGGGCUGGUGGCACGAGCUCACCCACCUCCGCGUAUGAUGCAGGCUGCCAGAUCCGAAAGUUGGGGCAGGGUAGCAGUUGUGUUCGUCCAGUCGCAGGUGUUCGCUGCACUUUGCAUGGGGUGGCUGCAGAACCCAAUGAGUGGAGGAGAGGAGUGA